AAACUCAAGCAUGGUAUAUCUGUGGUUUCCAUUUUUGACCCCAAGAGUCUGUUCAAUUCACUUCUCUCUGCCCCUCUGGCAGCGUUUCUUGCUUCCCUAAUUCAUGGACGCAUCUGACGUGGACGCAGUGCUCAACUUCUUGAGGAGGAAUGGAUUGACGGAGGCGGAGACAGCUCUAAAAGAGGACAUGGUGGAGAGGAGUCAAGUCGGUGCUUUUGAUUUCGAGAGUUUCGUCUUUCCCUUGCCGCCGCCGGUAAGGAUUCCGUCUAUUCUCCGGCGAUCGGUGAGCGAGGAGAGAGGGAAACCGAGUAGUGGGUUUGAUUCCGAUGGCGAUGAAGAUGAUGACUUUGUGAGCUUAGGUUCUUCUGUGACCGCUAGUGACCACCGUUCUUCUGAAUUUGUGAAUCCAUAUGGACUUCAUUCUGCAUCUCUGGCUAAUUCAGAUACUUCAUCCGAUAGAUUGUCUCAAUUUGGCACGGCUCGUGAGUACCUCCAGAAUGACCAUUAUUGGUAUGAAGAGAAAGAUGAAGAUGACUUUUUGACUCCUUGCUUUGAUGGGUCAGAUUUCUUUGGCCGCCCAAGUGAGGAUAAGUUUGUCACAACUUCAGAACAAGAGAAGCAUUUUGAUAAUCUACUGAGUUUAAAUCACAAAUCCGAAGCGUUUCCAGCUGAAGCAUGUAUUGCAUACUUGGAUAAGCCAUGUGUUUUCAAAAUGGCCACCAUAAAUGGUGAAAGUUAUCUGCAAGUUCUGGAUUCUCAUUAUUAUGAUAAAAGUAGCUUACUUGAUAGGGGAAUUGAAAAAGAGAUGAGGAGUUGUUCAGAUUAUGGGUGUUCACUCCACCUUGAUGGAUGCGGUGAGGGAGCAGGUGGGUUUUGUGAUCAGGAUCCAGUGAACUUCAGCUAUGUCAGCUCUAAAGAAACUUGUUUGGAUGAUCUUCAUUUAAACUCUGGUCUUAAUUCUCACUCGGUUGAAAAGGGUUCCGAAUAUGAAUGUGUUGAAGAGUUUAAAGCUGGUUCUGAUUUUCCUCGUAAAAAUGCUGAGGCAGAUUUCUUGACGAAUAUAGUUACUAGUUAUGGAGUUGAAGAUACUAAAGAAAAUAGAAAACUUGAUGAACCUAAGGCUGCUGCAAAUGAAGAGGUUAAUGAUGAUGAUGAGCUUGCAAUGUACAACACUAAAGAGGAUGAAUAUGAAGUUUUCAAUUUGCGAAUAUAUCACAGGAAAAACAGGACCGGAUUUGAAGAAAACAAAGAGUUUGCUAUCAUGCUAAACACUGUCAUUGCAAGCAGAUACUUUGUUACGGAAUACCUUGGUUCAGCUGCUUUCAGCAAGGUUGUUCAGGCACAGGAUCUCCAUACUGGAAUGGAUGUUUGCCUGAAGAUCAUUAAAAAUGAUAAAGACUUCUUUGACCAGAGUUUGGAUGAGAUUAAACUUUUAAAGCUAGUAAACAAGCAUGACCCUGCUGACGAACACCACAUUUUGCGCCUUUAUGACUACUUCUAUUAUCAGGAGCACCUGUUCAUUGUGUGUGAACUCCUUAGAGCAAACUUGUAUGAAUUUCAGAAAUUUAAUCAAGAAUCUGGUGGAGAAGCCUACUUUACCCUAAGCAGGUUGCAGAUCAUAACCCGUCAGUGUUUGGAGGCACUGGAUUACUUGCAUGACUUGGGAAUUGUUCACUGUGAUCUAAAGCCUGAGAAUAUUCUCAUCAAAAGUUAUAGAAGGUGCGAGAUAAAGAUUAUUGAUCUCGGAAGCAGUUGCUUUCAGACUGACAAUCUGUGCCUGUAUGUGCAAUCUCGCUCUUAUAGAGCCCCAGAGGUUAUCCUUGGCCUUCCUUAUGACCAAAAGAUUGAUUUGUGGUCUCUUGGGUGUAUACUAGCUGAACUCUACUCUGGUGAAGUGCUGUUUCCAAAUGAUGCUGUAGUGAUGAUCCUUGCACGCAUGAUUGGGUUGCUGGGUCCUAUCGAUCAAGAGAUGUUGGUAAAGGGGCAGGAGACACACAAGUACUUCACCGAAGAAUAUGAUUUAUACUACUUAAAUGAGGAGACAAACCAGCUAGAAUGCCUAAUACCUGAGGAGUCCUCCCUAGAGCAUCACCUGCAAGUUUCCGAUGCCGGGUUUAUUGACUUCAUUAGACAUUUGCUCGAGAUCAAUCCGCAGAGACGUCCAACAGCAAGGAAGGCAUUGCAACAUCCAUGGCUUUCACACCCUUACUAGCCCCAGUCUCCCUGAAUUGCAGGAGGGAUGGCCACCUCUGUGAGUAUGUUGUCUCCGUUUCACUAUGUCAUUUGAGCACAGCAAUGGGAAUGCAACUUCCACUUUCAGUUUUGGUUUUUUGUGGUGCAUGUUUCUUCUUCAUUCAUGAUGCGUAUUUAUCAACACAUUUGAUUGUACAAAAAACUUCUUUCAUCUGUCUACUAGGCGAGGCGCGAGGGUUUGUAAAUUUGAGAGUUCUUUGAGUCAGCUGACUCAAACAUGAGUUCUGUCUUUGAGUCAGCUGACACAAACAUACAAACAAUAAAUAAUUAAUUCAUUG